AUGGCGGCAAGUCAAAUGGAAGCGACACGUAAAUUUCACGAAGCUGAGCUCGAGAAAUCUUGCCGUGUUUGUGGUUGCAACAUAGGAAAAAAAUACAAAUAUGCAAUAAAAAAUAUCAAAUUGCGACGUAAAAUUUACGAAACAUUUUCUGUCGAAACAUCUAACGAUGAUAGUGAAAUUCAUCCACAAUACUUGUGCACUUUGUGCUAUGCAAAAACAAGUAAAUUCGAAAAAAAUGCCGAGUCGUACGUUCCAACAACGGAGAUUGUCGAGUGGUCAACUCAUAACCAAACAGAUUGUUCUGUGUGCGAAAUGUUUUUCAAAAGAAACCUUGGUCGUCGAAAAAGCAAAGAAAGAAAAGGAAGGGGCAGGCCAAGCACCAAAAAAGGGGAAAACACACACUCGAGUGAAAGCUCAAAACCACCAUUCGUCAUUGAUGAAACUAUAGUGCCAGAUGCCUUCGUCGAGACCAUGCCAGCGCAAUGUAGAUUUGUACAACUGAACGAAGAAUUAAUGUGUCCUAUAUGCCGCGAGAUUCUAAACAGACCAUUACAAAGCCAGUGUGAACAUCAUUUUUGCUAUGAGUGUAUUAGAAACUGGGUUGAAGUUGCAKGUGGAGAUUCCGGCUGUCCCGUCUGUAAAGAUCCUUUAUUACUUCGUAAGCCSCCACGGUUAUUAAUGAAUCUACUAUCGUCAAGCAUARUAGAAUGCAGGAGUUGUAAAAGUCCAUACCCUUUGGAAAACCUAGACAGUCACGAGAAACUCUGUACCAAGUUUGAAAUAUGCCGUAAUAAGACUUCCGUAUCAGACAYACUGGAAYAGCCAUCAUCAAAACYAUUGUCGUCACAAGAGRAAAUACUUACCACCCAUCUAAUGAAACGGAAGAUAACAAACUCGACGWCUGAGAAUUUAUUUCUACGUACUGGUGGGACACCCAUAAAAGUAUCUGUUGUAAAAAAACCAAAAGUUGGGAGUAGCUUCGCUUCCAAGAGAACAUUACAAAGAAGAACAUCUGAGAUACAAAACUACAGAGCAGUCGUAAGUGGUAGUGACAAAACGGACGUUUCCGCACAGUAUUCUCAGGAGAUGUCACAGUUAAAUAAAAAGGAGCGACAAAAAAUCAUCAGAGAUGCUGGAAUAAGGUUGGAGGUCGGGGCGGAGGAAGGAGUGGCAAUGAAGACAGACCUUGGAAUACCCUGGAACAAAAUAAGACACAUAAGAAGGUGGCUGUCGUCAUGGGGACUUGACUUAUCAAGUGAAAAAAAAUUAAGAGGAAUUGCUGAUAAACAGAAACUAGUAGAACUUCAUUCUGAGAAUGUCCCAUUUGAGUUCAGCAAAAAAGGUGGUGGGAGGGAAGUGAGAUUGGCUUCAUGUGUACAGGUACUAACUCUGAAGGAAAUGGUUUUCAAUCAUUUGGAGGAACAUAAAAAAUAUGGAGAUCUUGUUUGGCAUGAUGGUCUAAUUCCCAGCAAAGAAAUAUGGCUAAAAAUUGGUGGUGAUAAAGGGGGUGGCAGUUUUAAGAUGGUUUUUGAGAUUGGAAAUUUAAAGAACCCCAAUUCUACAGAAAACACAUGUAUUUUUGCAAUGUUCAAUGCUUCUGAUACACCAUACAACCUGUCAAUUGGACUUCAAGGCUUUAACAUUACAGUUAAAUGUUUAAAUGGACAUAAAUGGAGGGAGUGGGAAAUAAAAGUGUUUAUAUUUGGCGAUUAUGCCUUUCUUUGCACUAUAUAUGGUCUUUCUGGAGCAAGUGGUAAACACUUCUGUUUAUGGUGUCUAAUUAGUCAAGAGGAAAUAUCAAUUCCAUUGAGUGAGAGAGGGUAUAAAGAUAAACGAACUUUACAAGGGAUUGUUGACGACAAUAAUAAAUUCCAAGCUGGAGGAGCCAAGCUUAAGAAAGCUAAGUUAUACAACAAUGCCAUUAGACAGCCCAUGUUUGCAAUACCAAUAGAUCAGGUUUGUCCACCAGCUCUYCAUAUAAGCAUUGGGAUUUUUAAUAGACUGUUUGAUUUGUUCGAGCAAUCACUUGGGAUACUUGAUGUUAAAAUUGCCCAUUCUUUGGCUGAAAGAAAAGAAAUGACAAUUAAAAGUGAUAUAUCUCCAGAAAGCUUGCCAUCCCUUGACAAGGAAAGUUUGAAGAAUUAUUGCAAGAAACUAGGCUUAAAGGUUACUGGCGAAAAGAAAGAACUAGCCGAGCGACUAGCUCCUUUAGGCCGGGAAUCUGAACUUUUCGAGAAAAAAGUACGUCGCAUAAAUCAAACUWUUAAAUUCUCUACCUCACUUGAAGACGCGGAAGUUCCUCCAGCUUCUUCAAAUUGGAAAAUAAUAGGGAAAAACGAAGAUCUGAACGUACCUGUGGUUAACAAAAACACUAUAAGAGACUAUCAAAAAGCCAAAUAUGCAGGUGGAAGAGGCCAGUAUAAAACAGAGUAUGAAAAAAGGGAGAAAGGACUAGAUCAUGACAAAGAAAUCUUAAAACCAAGAUUCCAGGAAGGCACCGAGUYGAUUUGGAGGCCACAAAUAUCAGCAGAGUCAAGUGCUAACAAUUCUAGUAGCAGCUCAUCUGACCAGCCAUGCCAGAAUGAAAAGGUCACAGUUCCUUUAUUGAAAAAGGCAAAUUAUAUUGACAUUGAACAAUGUUCUAAGAACUGGAGAGCACUACGAAUUGGAAAAAUAACUGCAAGCAAGGUUCCAUCCCUUCUUGGAUUUAAUGGAAAGCAACAGGAACAAAAUGCAAUACAACAAUUUCAAAAUGAUAGUAAAGUGAAUAUCACCCAAUGUGGGUACUUCAAACAUCCUUCUGAUGAAAGAUUCGGAGCCAGUCCUGAUGCAGUUAGUACUGGGGAGCAUCAGUUUCUAGUUGAAAUAAAAACUAGAGCCCUUCCCAAUAGCACGCACCUUGACAAGCUAAAGAAAGAGGAAAAAGACAAGAAAAUGGAAAUUGCAGUAAACCCAUUACAACAACUCUUUAUCAACAAAAACUACGCCCUGAGGCUUCACCCAUCUCCUUCUUCUUGGGAUUUUGAAUGGCAUGUCGGUAAAUCUAUAAACAAAGAAAAACUCAGGUCACCACAAGAACGACAGGAAGUACAAAUGUUGCUCGUAUUACCACAGAAACCCAACUUGUCUCGCGUCAAAAUGGCGCGAGCAGUUUCUCUGGCGUUUGUGAUUGGCUGGACGUUAGUCACGCAACACGGUCACACAUCAAACAUGGCGUCUCAACAACAACAAAUUGAGCCUGAUGUUGCGAUUAUUGAAAAGAAAUUAUCGGAUGAAAAGAAACUUAAACUGAUUGUUGGAGGAACAUCCUUGCUUGUGGAACACUGGAAACGACGACUUAGACCCCCAGUUAAGCACUCUUGUUUCGGAAGAGAACGACGAAAAGCCAGUGGUUAA